AUGUUUUCUUCACCGGCAGCUGGAAAGUCGGUCGACAGCCUGACCCCCCUCUCUCCCGCCACCCGACAUGAAUUCCCAAUGCACAGCCGGCGAUCCAGCCAUCUCCAUCCUGGGACAAGCUCCAGACGAAGCUCUAUAGCAAAUUCAAUGCACUCUGUCGGAGGCGUUCUGGAUAGUUCUACUAGUACUUGGGGAGCUUCGGUGUUCGAGUCUGGUCAAAACGCCAUUUCGACUCUAUUGCAACCUCCGAUCGUACGAACAGGGUUCCAGCCUCAUUCCUCGCUCCCUGUCCCCAGCUCGCACAAGCCUCCUACGGCGAAAGACAUUCCUCCGGUCACGCUGACAAACAUACCGGUCGUCGAUGUCGAAGAGUUCGCACCGUAUCUCACGCACGUAGGGCCGGUAUACGAACAGCUGAGACGACUUCAAGAGGAUGACGAUGAAAUACCCAGCACACGGCGAGGUUCGCGGGUGGACAGGCACGCCGAAGCAGUAGCAGAUGGCCUUUUGCGACCGUCAUCAAAUCUUCAGGGUGACCGAAGGGGCUCAGUAGCAUCAUUGGCUUCCCUUGAUUCUGUCGAGAUGCCCAACCCCUUGCGAAGGUCAAGCACCGGCUUCCUUCGAAAAGGAUCCUUAGGUCCGCCUCCUUUAUCAACCAUACCGACUGUGUACUUUGACGAGGGCUUUCAUCUCGAAAACCCUCGAACCUUUGACGUCGUUAGUGAAUGGUCAGAGGUCGUUCGACCGCCAAAUGCUGGACAACCCAAGAAUGGAGACGCAAGUGGAACCGACUUGGUACCUAGGAAAGCGCUGGCGACAAACGCUAUUCUUCAAGAAAAGCUAUCAUGGUACAUGGACACCAUCGAGGUCCACCUGAUCAACUCCAUAUCAACCGCCUCGACCACUUUCUUUUCCGCUCUUGGGUCUCUGAAAGAACUGCAUUCGGAAACGUCCGAGUCAGUUCAACGGAUACAAGUGCUACGGAAAGAACUCGAGGCACUAGAUGAGGAGAUUGUCUCAAGUGGUCUUCAGAUUGUGCAGAAACGUCGGCGACGAGAGAACCUGAGGCAACUCAAUGAUGCCGUCCUACAAUUACGUCAAAUUGUCGAUGGAUUUGCGACCUGCGAGUCGCUCGUCGAUGCCGGCGAGGUGGAUGAAGCUCUCGUGAAGAUCGACUCUCUGGAAAAGCUGAUUGCUGGUGAGAGAGACCAAAGCGAAGAAGACUCUGGGCGACAACUGCGUGAUAUGAGGUCAGCAUCGGCGCUACAAGGAGUCAACAACGACCUCAGCACCCUACGAUUCCGGAUUGGCAAGGCGUACGAGUCCCAAUUUGCGAAUUUCCUGAUGGCUGAUCUGCGGCGUCAUGUCGAGUCCGUCACUCCCGCUGACGUCCUUCUUCGCUGGAGCAAUGCCACAUCUCGCUCCAGGGGUUCGCACACGCGGUCAUCGUCGGUGUUUCCAACUUAUCUUAACGGCACUCAAGAGCUCAAAACGCAGCUCCUACAGAGCAUGAUUGGGCUGCAUCGAGCAAAGCAUGUUGCCACAGCGGCGAUGACCUAUCGAGAGAUUGUAUUGCGUGAGGUAAAAAAUCUGAUCCGACGACCACUUCCAAGCUCUAACGAUGAUGACAACGAAUCCAUGAUGUCUGUCUCCACGGCUGGUGGGGGACGGCAGAGGUCAAACCAAGAAAAAUCAGCAAAUCUAGCGAGAAAUUUGCGUGCCCUGGACCCCGAGGACGCAGAGGAGCUCUUGAUCAAAAUUUAUAUUGGCGUAACGGAAACUCUUCGACGGCUGACCACGCAGGUCAAGGUGCUGUUAGAUAUCGCAAGUUCGCUCACGGAUUCUCCGCUAGGAGAUGGGAUCAAGUCACCACAGUUCAGGUCUCCGAUCACCAGCCCCCAACCAGAUCGGCACGGUGGCAUUUCGGUUAAUGACGUCUUUGGGUUUCAAGAAGAGCUGCAUAAAACGCUUGACGAAGCAACGCUGCUAACUCAAGCAGUCGAUGUUGCGAACGACAAAAUCGUCAAGGUCCUUAGGGUCCGCGGAGAGCAAGCCACCCACUUGCCGCUUGACUUCUUCCUCCGCUAUUUCACUCUUAACCUCUACUUCGCAAACGAAUGCGAGGCAAUUUCCGGAAGAAGUGGAACUUCGUUAAAGACAGUGGUUAACGGCCACAUCAAGGAUUUUGUCCAGCGAAAUAGAGACAUGGAGAUGCAGAAGCUUGCCGUGGGCAUGGAGUCUGAUCAAUGGGUUGCCAAAGACUUUACGGAGAAGAAUGGCAAACUACUAGAUCUUGUACUGAAGUCCAGCACAGAGGAUGGCUCCGAUUGGAUGGACAGCAGCAAGAUAUGGGUGCCGUACCGGGAGUUUGAGAGGGACCUAGCGGAACCAACGAUGGAUGACACUAAUGGUGCAAGCAAGGACAAAGUUCGUUCUGCCGUUAUCGAGUUCGAAAGCUUUAUGCUCCCUAACUCAGCCAUUCUCUGUCUCGAAGGCAUGAACAACUUCAUGCAUCUUAUUGCUGGGAUUCCAUCGAUGACCACAGAUGUGGCAGCAUCUUUGAUUGCGUAUUUGCAGCUUUUCAACUCGCGUUGCACGCAGUUGAUCCUUGGAGCCGGUGCAACCCGAUCGGCGGGCCUGAAAAACAUCAACGCAAAACAUUUGGCAUUGGCUUCUCAGGCCUUGGCCUUCAUCGCCGCCAUCAUACCUCAUACACGGGAGUUUGUUCGUCGUCACGCACCCACAGGCGCGGCCGCGUCAAGUCUCAUGGGCGAGUUUGACAAAGUUAGGCGGUUGCUCCAGGAGCACCAGGACAGUAUUCAUCAGAAGCUCGUCGAUAUAAUGGGAGGGCGAGCCGCGAUACACGCUAAGAGCAUCAAGGCGACCGACUGGGAUGCCAAAGAGGUCAACGGCCCGCUCAAAUUCAUGGAAGUUCUUGCAAAGGAGACGACGACACUCCACAGGGCACUAACAAAGCAUCUUCCGGAGGCGUUGAUUCCAAUGAUAAUGGAGCCUGUGUUUUCCAGCUACAAGGAGCAAAUCGGGGCCGCCUUCAGCGAGGGCAACCCUAGGACCGAGGCUGGUCAUAAGAGUAUGCUCCGCAACGUGGAAUUCUUUUCCUCGAAGCUUGGAAAUCUCCACGGGUUUGGUGAUGCAGGCGAAUACCUCAUGAGCAUUGUAAAGGCAAAAGAAAUCAAGUUGGAGGCUCCCGCCGAGGCUGUCGAGGAAUCUAGCCAGGUGAGCGCGGAGGUGAAGCAGGUGCCAACGGAGGAUGCGAAAGAAGUUGCAGAGGAGAAGGCGCAAGACUCGCAAGACUCCACUGCAGCCGUUGAGGUGGCUCCUGACGCAAAGGUCGAGCCAUCUGAUUCAUGA